AUGUCGAAUGUCAACCCCCAUAUGUUCGGUGCUGGCGUCAGCCAUGAACUGCCCGUGAGGGGCCCAGGGCUGAUGAGGCUGCCAUUAAAUCUAAUCGCCUUAAUAGUAUCUAACCUUGACGAUGUUGGCGACCUCGCGCGGCUCUGCCGGACCUGUCGUGUGCUGAAUUACAUGGCCCUCCCCCAGCUCUACAAAAACCUUACCCUUACGUCCUACGGCCAGAUACGAUAUAAUGAAGAUGAUCUACCAGAGGGAUAUGGGAGUGCGAGCCCGUUCUCCAUGGGACUAAAUGCGUUGGUCACUCGUAAUGUGGCGCAAUUGGUUCGAUCUGUUACACUGCGCGGCGAAUGGCGAGACGACGGGUUAGAAGAACAUGCUCGAGUUGGGAGGGUCCCAGACUCGUCUAUGAUGCUGAAUGUCUGCGUUCGAGCCGCUAUUGAUAAAAUGGUUGGGUUAGAGAGCUUCAGCUGGGAAAUAAGCAAUACUAAAGCACUGGAGACCGUAUGUCAGGGACUUGCGCAGCUUCAAAACCUUCAGUCCUUGACUCUUCGGUUCCCUUCUAGUCGACAUCCUAGGCCCACGACUACCAUUCCUCCCAUGCCAAACCUACGCAUCUUCAAGGUUACAGAUAUAGAUCCUCUCUGUUACCCAGAUGAUAUCUCUCUAUUACUCUACGGCAGCAAAAAGCUGCGUGAUCUAAGAAUGCACUGGUCUCCCCGAAUGCGUGAAUCUCAGGAGCCCAGCGUUGCACUUACCGAUUACUUCCGAAGGUGUAUUGCGGCAAAUUCACCCUUACGCUUAAAGAAGCUUGCAUUCCAAAACUUUUUUGCGCUUCACCCAGGAGGAUCAGCAACCGGAGUCACCCACAGUUGCCUAGAAGAGAUUACUAUGCUAACCAGUUUUAGUGAUAAGGCUGCAAUGACCUUUGUUGAGGCUAGUUGGCCGGCCCCAGGGCCCCGGGACGAAAUGACUGCGCUAAAGACAUUUCGAGUUGAUCGCGUAGAGAAACGAGGGAUAGACUUCUUACACCAGCUGGCUCCCCUUGAAAAUCUAUACUUUGUCAACCCAUUGCGCGAGCCAAUAGACUUUAUUAACAACUUGAGACCCGGGGUCUUAUACCAAUCCUCUUCAUCUACACCUCUCUCAAGUGGUGGUAAUCAAACAAUAGCCUCUGAAUACCAUCACAACCACCCAACACCACCUGGUCCGGGUAUACAGUCACUACCGCCAGCUUCACGAACAUCUCUAAGAGAAAUGCAAGUGUCAACAAUUAUCUCAGUUCAUGGUGCCACAUUGAAACGCCUACUCCUUCCGGCACGAAUGAAUAUGCCUGUGCCACUGGUUGUGAAGUUGGUUCAUGCUUGCCCAAAUUUGGAGCAGUUUGCCAUAGCAGUUGAUGGGAAUAGCCUUGAAGUGAUGGGGAUUGUACUUCCCUUCUUGAAGAAACUUCAAGCUCUCCGAAUUCUCAUACCAACGCUACAAGACAAUGAAUUGAGGAAUGCAACACCUACGGCGAACUCUCGCACAUGCGGACAAGGGCAAUCCAAAAUCAACGGCAAUGUUGUUGUUAACCGUCACCAUAAGUCGAACUACAUGCCACGACCUGACCUUUCAGUUAUUCCACCAUCUGAUGCACGGGAUCUUGCAAAGCUGGUUGACAUUGACGACUCUUUCCAUAUACAAACCCUUUCGCUGCAUCUUGCCGAGCCCAUUUUCAGCAAUAUUAAGAUAGUCGGUAUAGGCUGGAAGGCCUGGCAGGUCGGCGGAUUAUACAAAAGCCCAGUUCCAAUGCGUAGUCAAAAACCACUAGCCCCCGGUGAUAAUCCUAAUAGCAAUGGAAUGGCAGCAGAUCCCACGGUUGGUGUAUCCAGUUCGAGCCCAAAUGGCCACGCACCUACAAACUCAAGGAAUCCCUCCAUAACGAGGAGACCAGAAAAUUAUGGACCUGAUAGCUCCAACGCACAAUCAUGGUCAACACAACAACCACAGUCUAUAACAUCUCCACCAGGAAACCGAAAUCCGCUAGGUAAGCGGAAAUAUAAUAGCGAUCACAACACCACGGCUCCUCUUCCGUCCCCCAGUGGAGAAACGUAUUCCCCAAUAAUGGAACCCAUAGCGAAAAAGCAGCAACAGAAUCGCCCUUCAGCUGGUUCAAAUAUAAACUCUGGAAACCCCAAUGCCGCCGACAGUGCUACCAAUGGGGAUGAGGAGCCCAUCUACCCUGCUCUGUCUUUCCUUGACGAGCAAGUAAUCGCCCAAGUACCCGAAAAUCUGCGACAAAGCCUGAAUGACUGCUUUACUCAAAUGAGAAGCAAGCCAGAUCAGCCCUUCGUAUGGAGGAGACAUGUCAAACGGGUGGGUUGGGAUGUCUUGAAACAUUGGGAGAUAUGGGGACUUGAUGUCCAGGAAAUUUGA